GGAUAAGCAGAAGAGAGACAGAGAUUCUGCCUUCCCAGAAUAAAGUGAAGCUGACAAGAAAAUAGGCUAAUGAUGUGAGACUAGGACUAAAGAACCAGGCACUGAAGAGAAAUGGAGUCCACUAUAUCGCAGAACAUCUGAAAAUGAUGGCAAAUGAGCAUGAAAGGAUAUUCUUUCACCUUUGUGUCCUUUCUUCUCUCCCGGUCACCUCUCAAAGGACAUACCAUGAUUUCUUCUAUGACUACUUGUCAAAUACUGUUGCUUUUGAUCUCAGUAUUAGCUGGCUUUAUCAUUUUGAUGGCUUCAGAAAACUUCAUAAAGUUUCCUUCUGUUCUCAUUCCUUCUACUACUGGUCAUCAUUUGGACACUUGCAGAAAAUCUUCAUGUCCUGAAAUACCACUCAGAACAGCCACAGAACCCACAGAGACUGAUUUAAAAAUAAAGAAAAUCAUAGAGCACCUGGAUCAUCAGAUCCCACACAGACCAUUCUCUCAUAUCAGUACCACCACAAGUGCAGCCCAUAGUGUGGCCAGAAUCAUCAAUCCUAGGACCACUUACUGCAAAGGGGAUCAACUAGACAUCCACCUGGAGGCAAGAGACUAUUUGGGACGCAGAAAAGAAUAUGGAGGAGACUUCUUAAGGGCCAGGAUUUCUUCCCCAGAUCUGAAGGCAGGAGCUUCAGGAAAGUUGACAGAUUUCAACAAUGGUACCUACCUUGUCAGCUUCACUUUAUUCUGGGCAGGCAAUGUCUCUGUGUCUCUUCUUCUCAUCUUUCCCAGUGAAGGGGUGUCUGCCCUCUGGAGAGCAAGGAAUAGAGGGUAUGGUAAGGUGACUUUCAUGGGUCAAUUUGUCAAUGGCAAAUCCCAAGUCUUAAGCGAAUGUGGCUUGGUUCUAAAUACAAGUGCUGAACUGUGCCAGUAUCUGGACCUCCGAGAUCAAGAAGCCUUCUACUGUGUGAAACCUACAUAUGUAUCUUGUGAUGCAUUGACCCAUAUGAAGACCAAGAAUAAUGAAGUUUCUUAUCUUAGUAUAAAGGAGAAAAAUCUCUUACAUAAGUAUGAUGCAGACAUUGAAAUUAUAAGAGAAUUUGAACACAUCAUGGUCUCCUAUUGUAACAAUGUUGAAACAGUAAAAGAGAAAUGCCAGAUUGGAAUGAAGUCCCCUAUUCCCAGUGGUUAUUCUUUGCAAGAGAAGUGGAAUCCAGCAUUUUGUAAACUAACUCAGCUAAGCAAUGUGACUGAAAUCAAUAAUUGUUUGAAAGGAAAACUCAUUUACCUCAUGGGAGAUUCUACCCUACGCCAGUGGAUAAAGUACUUAUCCAAAUUUGUGAAAACACUGAAGUAUUUUGAUCAUCAUGGAAGUGGACCAUUUGAGAAGCAUGUACUUCUGGAUGCACAAAGACAGAUUUAUAUUCAAUGGAAAAAACAUGGACUUCCAUUUGUGACUAACCAAAUAUACACAUUAAAAGAUCAUGAAUAUAUUACCCGUGAAAUUGACAGAGUAGCAGGAGACAGAAACACAGUCAUUGUCAUUACCUUAGGACAACACUUCAGGCUCUUCCCCAUUGAUAUCUUUGUCCGAAGAGUUAUCAAUAUCCAAAAGGCAAUUAGGCGAUUAUUUCUAAGAAGUCCAGAUACAAGAGUUAUCCUGAAAUCAGAAAACUUACGGGAGAUGCACAUGGACCCUUCGCAAGCUGUCAACUUUCAUGGAUAUAUUCAGUACCUCAUUAUGAGGGACAUUUUCUGGGAUCUCAAUGUGGGUUUCAUUGAUGCCUGGGACAUGAGCAUUGCAUAUGAUUCUAAAAUCCUCCAUCCCCCUGAUAAUGUUAUUGGAAAUCAGAUUAAUAUGUUCUUAAACUACAUCUGCUAAGGAAUAGGAAAAAACCACCAGGAAGGACUCUUUAAAGGUUUAUCUACUAAGUAUUAUAGAGGGACAAAAUAUGCCUAAUGAGGGAUUCCAGUAGAUAUGUGCCUAGAAGAAAGUGUGAAUACAAGUUGGUAAGAUGAUGUAUCACAGUGGGGGACAAGAGGAAAGCAUGAGGCUCUACAUGCCCUUUUGUAAUAAGUGGGUCAUGAAUGUAUAAUGUUAUUACUAUUCUGGUUGACUAGAUCACAUGGGAUAAUAAAGCUUCAUUGAUAAUCUUGAUUUCUAUAAUAUUCAGUGACCCUAACUUUUCAGGAUGUAUGUGUUCACAAUAGGAUAGGGAGAAAUCCCAGAAUAUAGGUUUGAGGAAUAUCUUGGCACAGUCAGCAAGAACAUAAGAUCAACCCUAACAAGUGAUUUGAUUGAAGACUAAAAGAUCUGAUCACACCACAAAGAGAACUUUUGUGUUCAGUAUUAGUUUUGUUGAAAUUCAGCAAUGAUCGCAUGGAUGUCUUAUAAAUAUACAGUGUUUAUUAUAAUUUUAGGAAAGGAAAAGUUGUCUACAUUAUUAAGAAAGGAUACCAUUACAUAUCCUCAGGGAUGAAUGAAGCAGUUAGUCAAAUAAGGAGAUGUAAGUUUAGACACCUAAUAAGUAUUUCUGAAGCCAGCCUUGAAUUCAGGUCUUCCUAACUCCAGGUCCAGCACUCUAUCUACUUUACCAUUAAUUGCUUCAUAAAGCACCAUUGCAAUUCACUUUUAAAAAUCCAGUGAUAGGAGUCAGCUAGGUAGUGCAGUGGAUAGAGUA